CUUCGUUCAGCCUCGACAACCGCGAUCUUAACGCACGCGUCGUCAACGACCAUCAAACCCUACGAAGCCCCCAUACCGUAUACAGCAGCAGUUGCUGAUACAAAUGUAUGAAUCAGUUGCUCUUUGAUCGGUCAACGGGCAACCUCAGCCCUCAGGCUUUUGCGCGGAUCCAGACUUCACAGCUCCUUCAUGCCAUUCAGCCUGCUCCGAGGCUACGCUUCAAUGGCGGCGAGAAGGAGGUUGCGCCCGCUACAAGCUCUAGCGGAAGUCUAGAUCCUCCAAUCAAUGAUCCGGAGGAGGGGAGGAUAUGGGCACAUCAAGCAGGAGUAAAUGCAUUAUCUAUAGAUAUCGAUGGGAGAUUCCUCGUUUCUGGAGGCGCCGACUCCUCGAUAAAGCUCUGGGAUCUCGAAGAGAAUCAAGGAGUAAGACAUACUUUUAGACCUACGGGAACAGUUGCUAGAACUGCGUCAGCACAUAAAUUUGGCAUCACCCAUCUCAGCUUCUAUCCCUUCGAUUCUGCGGCCUUCUUGUCUUCCUCAUACGAUCAUCACUUGAAGAUCUAUGCUACCGAAACACUUGCGCUCUCUGCCAAUUUCGACCUGAACUCAAUUGUCUAUACUCAUGCCCUUUCCCCAAUUGCCAGUCACCUCCUGGUAGCUUGCGCUACCCAACACCCUGCGGUACGCCUCGUAGAUUUACGCACCGGCUCCAGUACACACUCGCUGGCAGGUCACCACGGUGCCUUGCUGUCAGUGGCAUGGAGUCCCGUACUUGAACACAUUUUGGCCAGUGGAGGGAUAGAUGGCACAGUACGUCUUUGGGAUAUCCGGAAGAGCUCUGGAUCACUAGGCGUCCUUGACAUGGAAGACUCAACUGGGAUUGCCGGCUUUGACGGUAUGGGGAGAGGAGCACGAGGACGAGACAGGGGCAAGGCACAUCAAGGGACCGUCAACGGGAUUACCUGGACAGACGAUGGUUCAUACAUCAUCUCUGCCGGACAUGAUGAACGUAUACGCGUAUGGGAUGCUGCCUCAGGGGCUAACACACUUGCGAGCUUUGGCCCAACACUCAAGAAUGGCCAUCUCUCGAAUCUACCCCUGGUUGUAUCCCCCACCUCACUAACUCCACCCCGCGGCGAAGUGCUUUUCUAUCCCAACGAAAAAGAACUCCUCAUGUUUGAGCUUCACGAAGGUAAAUUGCUGAAGCGUCUGAAAGUUCCGGGCCCUGUCAUGCCAACUGUGAGAUCGAGAACGGGGGAACGGACCAUCAAGAAUCGGAUUACGGCACUUGCGUGGAGGAGCGCGGUGGAUGGCAUCUACUCGGCGCACACAGAUGGUCAGAUAAGAGUAUGGGCUCCGAGAACAGCGGAUGAUGCUAUUGCGGAUAAAGAAGAGGAAGAUGAUUUGAAGGGCCGCAUUGCUGAUGAAGAUGAAAGCGGGAAGAGAAAACGCAAGGUAUUGGAUGAUGUAUUCAGGGAUCUGACCAGGCAGAAAAUAAGCUUUGGCUAGUCCUAAGUAUUAUGGCAUUGACUUUAUCUGUAAGUAUAUUAAUGAAUCUCACGCCCAAAAGGGUGACAUGUCUGAGCAAGACCACAAGAAUUCCCUUUUCGCCGUUGUGAAGAUGCAUCAAACCAUCUCCUUCUCCUUUCCACUAUCAGUCACAGCAUGUCUCAUAGCUUUUCCAUUUUGUCUCUCAAUAGUACUCUUCCUUUUCGCCCUCUUCUUCCUAUCCACCGCCUCCCUCCACUCCCUCCCCUUCAGGG